AUGUCGCUUCAGGUGGUGGCCGGAGACGACUUCCUCACUGUGGCAUCCAUCUUGCUCCGCCUUUGCUGCAGAGAUGGCUCAAAGAGUGCUGGUGUCUCUGUGCUUCGAGCGAUUGAGCUGAAUCCAGAGGUUUGCUCAGCGCUCCCGCGGUGGGGCUCAGCGGACCUUACCUGGAGCUUGAGCUUGGCAGGCUUCAAGUUCGACACGCAGUCGACAUCGAAGCUGCUGGAAGCGGCCACGAAGAAACUGAAGAGCAUGGAAAGGCCUACAGACAUGUGCCAGUGCUAUGCUGCAACAACAUGGGACAUAGGUGGCAAGCCAACAUACGUGCGCCAGAACUUUCGCCACGUGACUGUCCCCUCUGUGAAGCAUGCGAGUUACUCCGCAACGAAGGAAGCGCUGGCCAAAGAAUGCCAAAGCUUCAAGCCAGACAUUGUUGUGGCUCAUUCUGCCGGAGUGGGAAAGGCAGUCACCCUCGCCACCACCGGUACCUUCUCGGGGCCUUUGGUUCUCCUUGCCGGUGGCAACGGCUGCGCGCCAGUCUCUGACAUGACUGGGCGCGCAGUCGCCCUCGUGGUGCCAAGCGCCGACCCCGAUGCUGCUGGACAAAAGAGAGCGUUGCGGUCCGCGCUGGACAAGUCGAUGGUGAUCGGUGUGGACGUUGACGACAAGCAUGACCUGAAUAAAUCUAUGGUGGAGCAAGGGAUGCUCCGCGGGAUCAUUGAGGACACUUACCGACGACACACCGGAGCAGGUAAGCUGCCCGCCUCUGACACCACUGUCAAGAUAGAGACCCCAGUCAAAGAGCAAGUGAAGUGGAUUUUUUCGGAGUGGGAUUUGAAUGACGACGGGCAAGUCACCAAAGCGGAGUUCAAAGACAGCCUCACAGCACUGUGCGACCAGAUGUCGCCAGAGGACGUGGAGGCAGUCGUAGAGGUCGUGGACAAGAACAAAGACGGCAAUGUGGAUGUCGAGGAAUUCUUGGAAUGGGUUUUCUCUGGGGCUGAUCACACGGAGAAAGUCCUCGCCGAGACAGCAGCGCCGUCUCCCCCUGAGGCAGCGCAGGUGCCAGUAGAGGAUACUGCUGCAUCUGCUGCGCCCUCUCCUGCACCCGACGCAGAGGCGCCCAAGGCUGGAGAGCCAGACGCAACGCCUUUGCCGACACCGCCCGCAGAGCAGCCUACAGAGCCGCCCGCAGAACCACCUACAGAACCUCCUGCACCAGCGACGGCGGAGACCGCGGCAACGCAUGAGCCCACAUCAAUGUCUGCCGCCACGCCAAGUGAAACUGUUACAAAGGCGGAUGCUCCUGGCGAGCCCCCUGUUCCUACAGCUGCGGUUCCGUGUCUCUACGCUGUGCAGCCGGGCCAGCUGUUCACCUGGGGACGCGGAAGUGAUGGGCAACUGGGGCAAGACAAGAUGCGAUUUCCUUCUGUGAACUGUGCUCUACCCUACCCUGUGCCGCGGAUGAGCCAGGUGGUUCACAUCUCAUGCGGCGGAGGUCAACAAGGUUGCACUGGUGCAGUGACAGCGGAGGGGAUGCUCUACACUUUUGGCAACAACUGGAAGGGACGCCUUGGUCAUGGCGAAGGGCCGAACGUUGCUGAGCCACGAAGGGUCGAAGCCCUGGCAUCGGAGCGGGUGGUGAUGGCAGCUUUCGGAAACGACCACGGGGCCGCCGUGCUCGGAGAUGGGCGAGUCUAUCUCUGGGGCAGCAACCGCAACGGACAGCUUGGCCGAGGGCAUGCCGACAAGGCCGAUGCAAAGCCACAGCAAAUUGUGCUGCCCGCGGCCGCGGUGCAGAUUGACUGUGAGGACCAGUACUCGGCUGCCGUGCUCGCGGAUGGGAGGCUCUUCACCUGGGGCAGCAACGGCCAUGGCAGGCUGGGCCAUGGAACAGCCGCGUCAACGCCCACGCCGACACCGACCGAAGUUGCUGCCAGCGGUGUGAGCUUUGUCUCGGUAAACCUUGGCUCACUCUAUGCUGGGGCAGUUGGCAGCAAUGGCGAACUGCUGAUGUGGGGCUACGGCGGCCAUGGCAACCUCGGCCUCGGGGACCGGGCGUCUCGCUCAUCGCCGACGGUCGUGGACUUGCCCGAGCCAGCGAGGCAAGUGGCUUGCACCGGUGGGCAGGAGGGCUGCAAGUGUGGACUAAACCCCACCCAGGGCGGCCAAGAAGGGCCACACACGGUGGUGGUCGCCGCUUCUGGUGCGAUCUACACCAUGGGCACCUGCCACAAGGGCCUCCUCGCCAACCUGGGCAGCAAAGACGGCGCUUUUGGAAAGCCUUGGGAUGAGCUGAAGCCCUACCGCGUGGGCGGGCAACUACGGAACGGCUCUGAGGAUCCGCCAAUGUCCCCGCUGGCCGUAUGGCCGCCACCCUAUGACGCCAUUGGGCCUGUCACGAGCGCAGUUUCGGCCCACAUCCAUGCGGCUGUGGUGUGCGCUGAUGGCAAAGCUUGGGCCUGGGGCUGCGGCAGCAACGAUGGCCGCUGCGGGGUGGAGCGCUACCUCAACAAGAAGGGUGAGGGGAAACCCCCCGAGGUGGACAUGAUGAAAUGCUACAUGAUGGGACCGCACCGCAUUGGCGUUGCUCGGCCGCUGUACUGGAAGCAUCCGAGUCUUCAGGGCAUGCGAGUGCUGAUGUUGGCGACUGGCCGUAACCACAUGGCUUGCAUUGCGGUUCCAGCGGGGGAAUAG